AAUAUCUGCAGACGUAAGUACCAGGACUUUACACUUUGCCAAGUCCUUCCAACAUGCAGCCAGAUUUGCCUUAGCAAGCUUAGAUCUUGUGUGUCACUAACAUCGCCCCUUCAGAGCAACGUCUCUGGCCACCUUCCCACGCUGCACCUGCAUCUCCAAACAUCAGAUAACAACGUCUCUCGUGAUGAGAGUCGCACCCCUUGUGCAUCAGCAGCCUCCAACGCCCCCGAUGGCCGAUCAGGAGCUUCAGUACAACUCGCAUCAUCUCGCACAUCACACAACUGAUCAGGGUUACAUGAUGUCGAGACCGAAUCCCUCAUAUGACUCGCCGAUGCAGCAUCAUCAUUCAUACUACUCCCCUGUGCAGUAUCACACACACCUAGGAAGUCCAGUUGUCGAAUCAGGGAUCCAAUUCGGCGGCUACAGCGAAAAUCAAGCCAACCCUUAUCCCAUGAUUCCGGGUAACAUGCGUCAACUCCAGCAGUGCUCGCAAUCAAUACAGGGAAACUCUCCUCCAACUCCAAGAUCCAGAACUGGAAGCGAACUGGGAGGUCGGGUUCCAAACGACUUUAACGUUUCUAUUCGACAGCGGAUGGAUCAGGGCUACUUCGCUCGCUCGAUGAGCCGUACGUCAUCUCCGCAGGUAGACGAGGGUAUCUUUCGACCCAAGCUUCAACCGAAGGCCCGCAGGAGCAAGACAGGAAAGACAGAUAUGCCCAAGACUCCAAAGUUAACAGCUCCGCUCAGCAUUCUCACGCACAACUUGAUUGAUGUUCCCGUCAAGGACAUGGAGACAUGGGUUAAUCGACCGCUAGCAGAACGACGCAUCGAAGUCGAGAAGCGCAAUGGAUAUGUCUCGCGCCCAAUGAAUUGUUUUAUGCUAUAUCGAUCGGCGUACCAGGAAAGAACGAAGGUGUGGUGUGUACACAACAACCAUCAGGUCGUUUCGUCCGUCACAGGCGCGAGUUGGCCGAUGGAACCGGCGGAAGUCCAAGAGCACUACAAAGAGUUAGCCAAGAUCGAAAGGAAGAACCACGCAGCCGCAUUUCCGCAUUACAAGUUCUCCCCUAGCAAAUCAGGAGUGGCUCCCAGAAAGCGCAAGAAAGAGUCAUCGGAAGCUGGCGAUACGGUCUUCGGCAGCCACAGUGAAUUUGAUGACGAUGGGACGAAUUUUGAAACGCCGAAAUGUCGUGGCUUUAUUAAGAGGUUCAAGAAUGAGAUGGAUGACGUGAAGUAUGAUCCCGGAAGUGACUUUGGGAGCGAAUCGACCAUCUAUCCUCAGACUUCGAAUGUCGACAUCUGGCGGGACGUUGACACAAAGCCGCUGCCGAACUCGAUAGCGACUGGGUCGUAUGAUGGGGUAUAUACGUCGCCAUUGCAAUCGACUGUAGCUUUGUUGUCCACGCCGCAAAUGCAGCUAAUGGAUUACAAUUCGGCCUACUAUGCCCCUGUGCAGACUCUUUUAAGCAUGCCCGAACAGCAACAUGGGUUGUUCCAGGUCGAUGCACGGACGGGGACGCCUAUUCCAGAAGAAGGACAUGUCGACCCAAUGCUGAUCACGCGUAGCCCGGAUGGUUCCAGGCUCAAACAAGAGUAUGAUUACGCACAUGAUCCAGUCAUGACCCAAACACCUUUCUACCACAAUGGUAUGGGUUCUCCGAUUCAACCGAGCGAACAAGAGUAUAAGCCGGCACAGCACAUAUGGCAACAGAGCAGUCCUACAGCUAUGACGCUUGAACACGAAUCUGAAUACAAUAAGUGGUACGAUUGAAAGAGUUGCUGAGCCGAGUCGUAAGAAAAUGUUAAAAUGAGCUUGAAAAUAACCGAAAAUGCUGUACAAAGAUGUCCAUGGCUACAUUUGAUGCAUUCAUGCAGUAAAGGCGUAUAGAGGAUUCAACGAUGGGCGAUGGAGCUAAGGUUUAUUAUGUUUGGCUUGA